AUGGCACCAGUGAGGAUGGAGAACAGAGUGGCCCUGGGGGGAGAGAACAUGUAUCCCCCACACCGCCGUCCCGCCCUCUCAUACGUGAAGAUGACUUUGACCCGGGUGUUGUCCCGGCCCACACCCCGGCUCUCCUGGGUUCAGGGACUGCCCCCCGAGGGCCCCGCCGACUGGGGCGGAUUGGGCGGUAGCCAAGCCAGGACCAUGCAGGGCCUGGCCCUUGAGCUGAUCGGAGGCCCUCAGUGGGUGCCCCCCCCGCCGUCUCUAGGGUCAGGGUACCGACAAGUGUAUGAAGUCAAGCUGGCCCCACCUGGGGAUGGAGAGCCAGCGACAGGGAUCCCGUCUGAUUUAUCCCCGGAUCCAAAUGUGGAUUCUGGGGAGAUUUUCGAGAAGAAUGAGGAUGAAGCUGUGAACCGAGAUCCAGGACCUCAAGACAACCCACAGCCACAGGCCCAAGACCAUGGUGCCGCCAACGUGGAAGAAAACAUUCUCGGGCUCUCCUUCCCGAGGAAGCUUUGGAGGAUCGUGGAGGACGACGCCUUCACGUCGGUGCGCUGGAACGAGGACGGAGACGCCGUGGUCAUCGACGAAGACCUCUUCCAGCGGGAGGUUCUUCACCGGAGAGGCGCAGAGAGGAUCUUCGAGACCGACAGCUUAAAGAGCUUCAUCCGCCUCAUGAACCUGUACGGGUUCAGCAAAAUCCGAGCCAGCAACCCCUCAGGUCACUCUCUGGGGAACAAGAAAAUGAUGAUCUACCGAAAUUCCAACUUUCAGAGAGACAGGCCCUUGUUCCUUGACAAUGUCCAGAGAAAAGGUGACCUGAAAACCACCACUGCGUGCUCAGGGAGCAGCGCAACCACUCCCAAGAGAAAGAAGCCCACGGCAGCCACAAGACAUUCUCCACGAAUCCAUCACCAGGAAUCCACCAAAGAGGACAAGAAGGCCCCCAGGGAAGCCCCAAAUGCUCAGGGACCCAGUGGCACCCAGUCAUUCACAUUCUCUGGCAUCUGGUCUCUGAGCAGUGUAGCCGGGUACGCCACCGAAAAUCAUGGCCCCAGUGAGCUGGCUGGUCCCAGUGGGGAGGGUACCUCCAGGAAUGUGAUGUUCGCAUCCCCGGCCCUGGCCGGGAGGGAUGGCGCAGGGGAACUGCCCCCCGCACCCCCCGUUUACCCAGAUUACAGGUCAGUGAUGUCACUCUACAACACCUGUUAUUCCAUCCUCUUGGCUGCCCUCUCGGUCAUGUCCCCAAACGAGGCCCCAAGUGAGAACGAGGAGCACGAGGGCUCCUCGGAUUACAAGUGUGCACUCUGUGAACACUUCAAGGAAAAUCCGGGUCCCUAAGCUCACAGGCCAAUGGUGACAGAUAAAAACACCACUCUGUAACCGCAAAUCUAUUUUCGGCUUUAAUAAAGAAAAGCAAAACUCUGGCAGUAAAUAAAUGACCUACUGAGCAAGGCGA